AUGCCAUUUUCCCUAAUCCUAUACGGUUUCCCUUCCAAGUAGUAACUGAAAAACCCUAAUAGAAGAUUUUCGCAAUGAUGCGGAGCUUCCUUUCUCGCAAGCUAUGGAGUGGAAUUAACAGCAUUAGCCCCUGUAAUUCGUCAAACUCGUAUAGAUUUUACAGUCUGAUUCCAAUGGUGAUUGAGCACUCUUCCCGCGGGGAGCGCGCCUACGACAUUUUCUCUCGUUUGCUUAAGGAGAGGAUCAUUUGCAUCAAUGGACCUAUCUCUGACGACACUGCCCACGUCGUCGUUGCCCAGCUCCUCUUCCUCGAGUCUGAGAAUCCUUCUAAACCCAUCCACAUGUACCUCAACUCCCCCGGUGGUGCUGUCACUGCCGGUCUUGCUAUCUAUGAUACAAUGCAGUACAUCCGAUCUCCAAUCAACACCACGUGUCUGGGCCAAGCUGCAUCGAUGGCUUCUCUUCUCUUGGCUGCUGGUGCAAAGGGUGAGAGACGUUGUCUCCCAAAUGCUACCAUUAUGAUCCAUCAGCCUUCUGGUGGAUACAGUGGGCAGGCUGAGGACAUGAAAAUACAUACCAAGCAGAUUGUUCGUGUUUGGGAUGCGUUGAAUGCACUAUACUCCAAGCAUACUGGACAACCUAUUGAAGUAAUUCAGAAGAAUAUGGAUCGUGAUUAUUUCAUGACACCGGAAGAGUCGAAGGACUUUGGUAUUAUAGAUGAGGUCAUAGAUCAGAGACCAGUGUCCCUGGUGACUGAUGCUGUUGCAGAUGAUGGCAAAGAUAAAGGUUCAAACUAGAGAUUACGGUUCUCUUGGUUCCUGUGAUGCAUUUUCCCGUCAUAUGAUCUUGGGAAUUCUUUUGGGCGGCCUACCUAGCACUUGUUAUGAGCACACGUUGAUUUCUUAUUCCUCCAUCUUCUUUCUUGAGCGCAAGUUGUGCGUUUUCCUUUCGACCACCUCCCUCGCUUUAUGUUUAUGAUAAUCGCUGCAGCAUAGAAAGGUCCAUUUUUGACACUGAUGGGGAUUAUAUGUUACUGUUUAUCAUUACGGACCAAAUAAAAAGUAAGUUUGUAUGAAUUUGCUAAUGUUUUACGGGAUACUCAGCUUUCUUGUCUUUGAAUUUAGUACUUGAGAUUUUAAUAUAAGCUGUAUGAAUA